GCAGCAGCGCCCCCGCCCGCCUUCCCGCCCGAGCGUCGGUGCCCGCAGCGCCCGCGGGGAGCGAACGAGGUGUACAGGACAAAACAGAAGAGCAAAAUGGAAAAUAUGCUGUUUUGGUUGAUAUUUUUCACCCCUGCGUGGACCCUCACUGAUGGAUCUGAGACGGAACAGGAUUUUAUGUGGCACCUGAGGAAAGUGCCCCGGAUUGUCAGCGACAAGACUUUCCAUCUCACCAGCCCCACCUUUGAGGCAGAGGCCAAGAUGGCAGUAAAUAGAGCGUGUGGCAUUGAAUGCCAGAAAGAACUCCCCGCUCCCAGCCUUUCCCAGUUGGAGGAUUAUCUUUCAUAUGAGACUGUCUUUGAGAAUGGCACCCGAACCUUAACCCGGGUGAAAGUACGAGAUUUAGUCCCUGAGCCGACUCCCAAUAGCACCGUGAGGAGAGCACCUGUCAGGAGAAAGAGACAGGUAUACGGCACCGACAGCAGGUUCAGCAUCUUGGACAAAAGGUUCUUAACCAACUUCCCCUUCAGCACAGCGGUGAAGCUCUCCACAGGCUGCAGUGGCAUUCUCAUCUCCCCUCAGCACGUCCUCACGGCUGCCCACUGCGUUCAUGAUGGAAAGGACUACGUCAGAGGGAGCCAAAAGCUAAGGGUAGGAUUGCUGAAGAUGAGAAAGAAAGGCGGUGGCAAGAAACGCCGAGGUUCUAAGAGGAGCAGGAGAGAAGCUAACGGUGGUGACCAGGGAGAGGCUACCAAGGAGAGCCUGCAGGGCACAGCCAAGGGUGGAAGGAGAAGAAAGGCAUCUGGCCGCGGGCGGAGGGUGGCUGAAGGGAGGCCCUCCUUCCAGUGGACCCGGGUCAAGAAUACCCACAUUCCCAAAGGCUGGGCAAGAGGAGGGAGGGAAGACACGGCCUUGGACUAUGACUAUGCUCUUCUGGAGCUCAAGCGUGCUCACAAAAAGAAAUACAUGGAACUAGGCGUCAGCCCAACCAUCAAGAAGCUGCCUGGUGGAAUGAUCCACUUCUCAGGAUUUGAUAACGAUAGGGCUGAUGAGUUGGUCUAUCGGUUUUGUAGCGUGUCCGAUGAAUCCAACGAUCUCCUCUACCAAUACUGCGAUGCCGAGUCGGGCUCCACCGGCUCCGGGAUCUACCUGCGCCUGAAAGAUCCAGACAAAAAGAAGUGGAAGCGCAAAAUCAUUGCCAUCUAUUCGGGCCACCAGUGGGUGGACGUCGACGGUGUUCAGAAGGACUACAACGUGGCCGUGCGCAUCACUCCCCUCAAAUACGCCCAGAUCUGCCUCUGGAUUCACGGGAAUGAUGCCAAUUGCGCCUACGGCUAACAGCACCUGAAACGGGGCCAGGUGUCCUCGAAUUUGCAGAGAAAACCACAUCCGAUUAUUGUAGCCAGAUGACUACCUAGGUUAUGCCUGGACUUUGAACCCUAUCAAUAGCAUUCCACAUUUUUACAAAUUUAUUUUUUUCAAAAUUAGAAGAUUUACGUAUUUUAAAAAUGUUUAUUUAGGUGCAGAUGUUGAAACUAGAUGGGCACUUUCAUGCCAAGUUUAUACUCUUCUUUACAUGGUGUUGAGUUUUUCAUUUAUGGGGAAAUUUUUGUUUCCUUCUGCCUUCUUGAAAGUUAGACACUUUAAAAAUUCAAACUGGUGCUAGAAAUAAUACGUGAUUUCUCAAUGGGCUUAUUCUCAGGGUCCUACUCUAAAAAGAAUCUAAUAGGAUGCCAGUUAUGUAUUAAAUGUGAAACUGCAUAUACAAACGUAGAUGGCAACACGAUUAGGAUCAGGAUGGAGACAAAAAUUUACGACACAGUUUCUACUACUCUGAGAUGGCUCCAACCAACUCAUGCCCUCAGAGUUUAUAUUGUGUUUUCUGUUGAGUCUGAGAAAUCUAGUGUUUUUUUAAAUUAAUUUUGAAGAAUAUUAAAUCAGAAGAAACAGCAAGCUUUAUAAACAAAACUAUUAACUAUUUCACUGCUUUAAGGAAUAGCAAUUGCAGUGUGUAUUAUUUUAAAAUGGGAAAAAUACUUUGUUCUAUGAAAUAAAUCUAGUUUAGAGAUAAGGAAGCUGAGACAUUUUGGGAUCUCAAGUUUUUGUUUAACUAAUACUUAACAUUUGGACUUUUCACGUAUGCAUAGGGAAUGAUCCUGUACUGAAAACCACAUUGUUUUAUGCUAUACUAUCUACUAUGUAUGAGAUGCUAUAUUUUUUGGAGAAGGAAUUCUGUAAUCUUUUUUAAGAGAAAGGCUUUUUCCCCUUGACAAAGUUCAG